ACUUCUAAAAUUAUUAUUAUUAGAGGGGGAAUUAUAGGCCUUACCCUAGUUAUAAUACUUAAGAAGUUCGAGAUUAAAUAUAUUCUUUUAGAAACUUAUAACAAAAUCGCCCCCGCCGGUAGUAAUAGUAUCGGCUUAUUCCCUAAUACUUUUCGGAUAUAUAACUAG